GUCAACAGCCCUACGUUUCCAACAUGGCUACUACCACUAAAGCUUCUCCCAAAUUCAAUGUGACUCCUGAGCAACAAGCGAAUCUGCCUCACUUCUUCUACCAACAGCUUACAUGCAAGCCCAAGCCCGUCACCGGCGCCAACCUCAAAGGCAAAACAGCCAUUGUAACCGGAUCCAACACCGGGAUCGGUCUCGAGACGGCGCGACAGCUGCUUGACCUGGGUGUCAGCAACUUAAUCUUGGCCGUUCGCAACGAGGCCAAGGGCGCAGCAGCUGCCGCCAACCUGACCAAAGGUCUUCGAGAUGCCAACAAGCAAGCUACCUCUGGGACAUCUACCAUUGAGGUUUGGAACCUCGACCUUUCCGUCUACAACUCCAUCCUCGCCUUUUGCGCCAGGGCCGAGAAGAAACUCAGCACGCUCGACAUCGCCGUCCUCAACGCCGGCAUCGGUCCUGCCGCGCGCUGCUUCAACCCCCACACCGGCCAUGACGAGGUGAUCCAGGUGAAUUACCUCUCCACCGCACUGCUGGCCAUCCUUCUCUUGCCCGUCAUCCAGUCCAAGCGUCAGCAUCAAUCCGGCCCUAGCCGUAUGACCAUUGUCAACUCCGAAGUAACGGGGUGGACCAACUUUACCGAGGUCACGGGAAAAUCACAGAACAAGCCAGGAACACCGCCGGUCUCAAUCCUGGCUGCUUUGGAUGCCAACGACAAAGAUGGAGAACCAGUCGACAUGGUAGAUCGCAUGUUUGUGUCCAAGUUGCUGGGCCAGUUUUUCCUGUCUGAAAUUGCCAAGGUGGUCGACCGAUCGCUGGCAAUCAUCAACGCCACAUCGCCGUCGUGGGUACUCGAGACCGAGUUCAACCGCGAUCGCCAGGGUUCAUCCGUACUCUUCACGAUUGGAAAGUUUGUGUUAAGUAAAGUGGUCGCCAAUACGGCGGCUGUUGGGGCGCGAAUGGUUACGGAUGCCGCUGUCAACCAUGGUGAGGAGACGCAUGGAGAGAUGCUGAGCUUUCAGCAGCUUGUUCCGUGAGUGAUUCUUUGUGCCUUUCAUGCAACGUCAGAAAAUAUUCGACUGACGUGAUGCAGCCUGGCACCCAUUAUUUAUACGGAGGAAGGAAGGAGGAUUUCAAAGCAAUUAUGGGAGGAAACUCUGUCUGAGCUAGAGUUUGCGGGUGUGAGAGAAAUUUUGGGUAGAGUGAGGAGGAGGAGGAGUUCCUGAGGCCACAGCUUCAAUUGCCGGAACUAUCAGGAUCGUCAUUGUAGUCUUUCUCCGGUUUACGACUAAGGAGUUGGAUGUUGGAUCCAUGAAGAGCACAAGAUUGAAGGGAUCUCGUGCCAUCCCCCUCCGCUCCUUUUUUCACCCUCAGCG